AUGGGGGAAGGUCAGUCUUCACGGUACAACUCGUCCUCCCAGCUAUGCGGAUUCUCGAAUGAAGAAAACAUGCUGAGAUUGCGGAAAUGUCUUAAAGGAAAAGCGCUAGAGGCAGUAAAGUGUCGCAUGCUCCAUCCAUCGAACGUACAAGGAGUUAUGGACACCCUCAAGAUGCUGUAUGGACGACCAGAAACGAUCAUUCAGGCUAUCGUCAGGAAGAUUCGGGCAUUACCGUCUCCUAACAUCGAAAGGUUGGAUACGGUGAUCCAAUUCGCCCUCAGUGUCGAGAAUCUGGUGGCGACGGUGGAAGCAUGCGAAAUUGGGGAUUUUAUCAACAACGCUUCCUUGAGAUACGAGUUAGUGGAACGAUUGCCGCCAACGCUGAAGCUAGACUGGGCAAGAAAUUCCCGAAAUACACUCAACCCAAAUCUCUUGGACUUCAGCUCGUGGCUCCGUUUUAUCGCCGAAGAUGCUAGCGCGGUCUCAAUUUCUGCUGGCAGUGAUAACCGUUUUAGAUCUUCGAAAAAGGAUGGGUUUUUGAAUCAUCACGCAGAAGAAGACCGUCAACCAUCGGAGAAACCGUCGGUCGCUCAAGGGAGCAACAAACCCUUUUCAAAAGACUUCGCCAAGGCAUGCCCCGGAUGUAAAGGAAGCUGUUCAUCAUUGGCGGAAUGCAAACGGUUCAAGGAGCUCAGCUACGAUUCCAGAUGGGCAGUAAUACGAGAAUUCAACGUUUGUCGGAAAUGCCUGCGCAAACAUUACGGUCCAUGCAAGCAGAAAAAGGCGUGUAGUGUCAAUGGCUGUAAGUAUUUGCAUAACUCUCUUUUACACAGCGAAGCAAGGCAAUCGACGACCACAACAGCUACUCCUUCAACACCAACUCCUCAAGCUCCAGCAAAUACCAGCAGCAACGUACACCAAGGACAGUCCGAAAUCCUGUUCAGAUUCGUUCCAGUUCUUCUACAUGGUCCGGCAAAGUCGAUUCGAACCUACGCCUUUGUAGACGACGGUUCGGAACUCACACUGAUGGAACAGAGUCUGGCGGACGAACUUGGAGUGCAAGGACCCACAAAACCCCUCUGUCUUCGAUGGACCAGUGGUGCGAACAGAACGGAGAGCCUGUCACAGAAGGUUAACUUCCAGAUUUCAAGCAUCCUAAAUCCAUCAAAAAAGUUUCCGCUUCACGAAGUUCACAUUGUUAGGAGUCUGCAGUUGCGACCACAGACGCUGCAAAUUCCUCAGCUGCAGGAGAAGUAUCGGCAUCUUGGAGGUUUGCCGGUGGAAUCUUACGAAGAAGUCAGCCCGCGACUCCUCAUCGGAUUGGAUCAUGCAAGUCUGGGAAAUGCGAUGAAAUCCCGCGAAAGCAAGCCAAACGAGCCCAUAGCCGUCAAAACUCGGUUGGGAUGGAUGAUUUACGGGUGCUGUUGCAAAACGAACGACGAUGUCAGCCAUGUCAAUCAUCACAGCGUUCAGCUAUGCCAGUGCGAGACCGAUACGGACCAGGAGUUGCACGAAGCCAUGGAAAAGUACUUCUCUCUGGAGAGCCUCGGAAUCAGCAAACCGGAAAAACUGCUCCUGUCUAAAGACGAUCAACGAGCCAACGAACUCCUGGCAACGCUGACGACACGCAAGAAUGGCCAUUAUGAAUCCGGUCUUCUGUGGCGUUAUGACAACGUGCGGCUUCCGGACAGUAGAGCGAUGGCAUUACGGCAAUGGGAAUGUUUGUAUCGACGGAUGCAGAAGGAUAAAAACCUUGCGCAAGCAAUGAAUGCGAAAAUGCAAGAGUACCUGACCAAAGGAUACAUACGAAAGUUAACGAAGGAAGAGCUAGAGAUGUCCAACAACCGGGUCUGGUAUCUUCCGAUAUUUCCGGUAGUCAACCCUAACAAGCCCAUAAAGAUACGGGUUGUGUGGGACGCAGCGGCAAGCUGUUAUGGAGUAUCCCUUAAUUCCGUUCUGCUCAAAGGACCCGACCUGCUGGCUUCUCUUUUUUCAGUUCUGGUGCGAUUUCGGGAGUUCCGCGUAGCUGUUUCCGGUGACCUCAGGGAAAUGUACCACCAAGUCCUGAUGAGACUUCAGGACCAGCACUGCCUACGGUUCUUUUGGAAGGAGAAUCCAGAUGACGCUACACCCAGCGUAUACGUGCUGCAAGUAAUGUCCUUUGGGGCGUGCUGCUCUCCAAGUACCGCCGCCCAAUACGUCAAGAACACCCACGCAAAGCAGUUAUUAUGGGAAGUUGGCUUACCGUAG